CCUGCAAGUGUGUCUGUAUCACAUGUCUCUUUUUCAUCUGGGUCCUUCAUCGGCGACCGGCCACGUAUAGCGUGCGUUAAUGGCACGGCACACCAACAGGCCUAACGAGUAUUAUUUGAAAAUUUCGUUUUUUUUUUUACCUUCGCUUUCAGUGCACGCAUUGUGACUGUGCGCAAUUUUUCAACGCAGCGAAAGCAGCGCGGAGAUGUACCACGCUGCGCUGUGCCUCAGCAAGACUCACCUUCUGUGCGGCAGCGACCUGUUCGGGAAGUACUUCGAAAAAGUACUCUCGGAGCAGGAAUUGCGUGCCGCCCAGCGGGUGGUGGCCGACACCCGCCAGGCGUUCGCGAGCCGCCUAGAGCGCUGGCAGUACAAGGAUGACAACGUAAGCCUAGUCGACGACUGGAAGUCAACCGACGUCACCCUCGGCUACUUCAACCCACGAGCCCAGCUACACACACCUAAGCAAGCGCCAAGUGUCACGUGCACGGGCGAUAUGGGCGACUCGCUGGUGGAGAACUUCCGGUUGGCGUCGCUUGGUCGCGUAAACGAGAGUCACCGCUGGACGUCCGAGCAGAUACAGUUCGCUGAUUGGUUCGUGCUGCUGCCGGGCAAGGACCUGGCACUGCUUCCGUACGCCCUCACCUUCCCGUGGCUCAACGAAGGUGGCACACGGUUUAUGAACCAAGGCGGCCUAGGAAGCAACCUCGCUUGGGCACUCAGCGUUCUAUUCCGCAGCAGGUACAGCAGGUCACCGGAAGCCUCCAAAGCCAUCAGUCGGGUCAUCGAAAGAGCCAACAAAGCCAGCCGCCCUCGCGACGCCGGUGGCCAAAACAGGCACGACCAAAUUCUGCGCACGCUGGCCCUCGACGUGUCACUCGACGCCUACCGCUCCGCCGGUGCGGUUGGGGCCGACGAACACCUCGAAGGGUUCGAGGGUUACGGCGGUGCCGCGAUGUUCUUCAUCGCAUCGUGUUACGCCCUGUGUCGUGGAGGCGACACCUUGCUGCCCUUCGCCGGCGCUGAAUGCGACGUGUCAUUCCGCAACGUCGAGGGAUUCGGCGACGCCUUUGGAUGCGGACUGGGCAGCGCGAUGAAUCCCUUAAACAAGACGGCCAUCAUGUGAAACUCGUGCGCGCCUGAUGGACGCUUCGUUCCGUUCGUUUUGCAUGUGGCACAAAUCUUUAUUGAUUUCGUGAAUGUCAGUGCGACCAUUUCGUUUCCUUAUUG